CCAACGCCCUUAAUAGGUUACGCGCUAGGUACCCCAAGUAGCGACAGGAUGUGUCUGAUUCGUACCUAGGUAUCUUCUAACCCUUAAAACAGGUCAUAUGUUAUGCUCGCGUAGUUCCACUGCAGGAAGCAGCAAUUGUAGAGCCACUACAUACUUCACCCAAUCGUAGUCUGGGGCAAAUCCUUGUGACAUACCCUGAGCGGAAGACACAACCUGAUGUGGCUGAAAAUUUGGGCUAGAGCCUACCUUAGUACUUACGUGUACCCGCGGCGGCCCGAGACUAGAGAGUAACAAGCGCCUAGGUUCUAGUCGUAGCCUCCUAUUAUUAAAGGUGUUAAGUAUCUACUUAGACACCGCUGCAUUUAUUCUUCGUCCACAAAGCUCCAUGAUCUAUCCUUCAUCCAUUUCUCCCAAGUCCAUUGUCACAUUAGCACAUUGUCAUUGUCAACGUUUGCCCCAAAUGUCACUAUGGCCCCUACUCGGACAGCCAAGAUUCCCGACAGCGACUGGUCGCGGUACAAAAGCGCUAUACUAAGCCUAUACUUGAGUGCCGACAUCCCGCUGGAGGAGAUCAUUCAUCGGUUGCGAAUUGAGCAUGCGUUCAGCAUCACCAUCUCUCAGUUGGAGGCGCAGCUCAAAAUUUGGAAGGCUCGGCGGAGAUUAAAGUCAGAAGAAUGGCAAGCAAUCUUUAAGACUAUAGACAGCCUCCCCGAAAACACCCACAGUCGCGUCGUAUUGAACGGCAGGCCAAUCCCAGAAUCGAGAAUUGAACGUGCAAGACGAAAUUGUAGAGCCAAGCCGAGCUCCAAUUCGGAACGCGCAAAUACGACCAAUGAUAUCCUUGAUACUGUUGUCGAGGUUCGAUGCGAAGAUGGCACACGGAUUCGACUCACGGAAAUUAAGCCAGCUGACUUCACCCCAAUCUCAGCCGAACCGAAUAUCCGUGGCCCCAAGGCUCCCGAAGCCAACAUCAUAUACGACUCAGCUUCUGUCGUCGAGGCGCAGCAACAUACCGGGCAAGACCACGUUUUAACUACUUCCCUCCCCGACCCUAUCUACGAUGACUCUGUGAUCCUGGAUGAUCCUAUGCCGGCAGAAAUAGAUACAGACGUAACCGGGGACUGGACAAUCGAUUCAAGCGAUCUGACGGUAGUGGCUGAAGGUACACUACUCCCGCCUGGGGGCUUCUUUCUGUAUAGCCACAGACCUGGAAGCCCCUUUUCUCUCGAUAAGCCCUUUAAAUGGCUCGGGGACUUGUCAUUCAACCAUCUAUUCAAGAACUUAAGUUUAGCGCCAACCAGCCACGAUAAUUGCAUUACGACCCAUCAGGGAGUGCGUUUAGAGGCAAAUGGACAUCAAACUUCACAAGGCUGCAUGCACUAAGUAGUCGCCUGGACAUGCCUAUUCAUGUCUACCGAGGAAACCGUCCUACUCGGCAUCUCCAACGAAGCUUGGUGCCAUAUCGUACAUCAGCAUAUUAUUCUUUGCGCAGGCUGAAUGAGCUCAUUCGCGAGUUGGUGUCCAGCAUUCAUGCUAAGUCCACGGAACGUCCAAGCAGGGGCGCCGUGCUGGUAGUGCGAAAACGUUGGAUCGUGAAGUGAGACUUCAAGAAGGUAGGUGAAGCGCCCCGUUGCUUAAGAAUAGCACGAAGGUGGUGUGCUACCCACAUGCAAGAAACCUCGGCGCUACACUAAACAAAGCGAGACGUGAGUCGCAAUUUUCGGCCCCUCAUAGAGCGGACCAUAGCGCACUAAAUAGACUAACUAAGCCGCUGUAUAUAUGG